AUGGCAUCGGGCCGACCCAGUGUCGAUGCCGAUGAUCACUUCAUCCCAUCAUUCAGUCUUUUUUUUUUUAAAAAAAAAAAGACAAGCGAUGUUCUCCCCGGCAUAAGAAAAAAGUCCUCCGUACAAGGAUAUUUAAACAUAUGCCUCAUGGAAAAGCUGACCCUGGACUCAAAACGAAAUGGGCAUGAUGUUGGCCAUCGUUCCGUGCUGUACCUCAGCCUCAGCAAGGCCUCUCUUCUUUUAGCUGGUCCCGUAUUCACUAGUCAGUUGGGGCCGAUAUCAUCGCGGAAUUUCAUCUUUUCAUCUGCUGAACAGCAUAGUCAACGACGGUCUAUAUCCGCCCUGGCCAAAGCCAUAACUCGUUCGUCCUUCAGCUCUCAGCCGUCAUCGCUGAAACCCUUCCUCUCUCUCUAUUUUUCCCUUGCCCUUUCUCUCUCUGUCUUCCCCCCUUUGCUGGCUCUCCUUGUCGUUGCUUUUUCUCUUCACAGCCUUCGUCAACUAGUUCCUAUUCACACUGGCCCGCGAUGCUCUCAUCUUCGACCGCAGCUAGGAAACUGGAACAAGAACAAUGAAGAAAAUACCAUUCCUCCUGGCCUUGAUGGGCUCCUCCACAACCGUUGGAUACCCCUGGCACUACCACGACGGUAUUUUCUUCUGAUCGAGUGUAUCAAGAACUGA